AUGGAAAUGAAGUCUUGUGCUUGGAAAAACAGAGCAGCCUCCUGUCUCAGCAUUCAGUGCAGUAUACUGGAAAAGGUGCUGGACAAGAACAACUUGUUCAUUCCUCCCCAGGGUGUACCACUUAAAGCCUGCAUUCUUGGAGAUCUGUGUGCAGAGAGCUUGCUGAUUUACCUUCUAGGCGGUGAGAAGGCUUUGUGUUACUGCUCUUCCUUUACAGAGUAUUUCCAGUCCUUGUGGCCCUGCUCCUGGAAGGUGGUGUUCAUCAUUGCUCCACGUCAAGGACAGCCUGUAGUCAUUAAUGCUUGUAAAGCACUGUGUGAUUUCUUGCCUGGGUGGAAGAGGAGACCUUGCCAGUUCAAGCUCUCAUCAGUAGCCAUAAAAGCAGCUGCAAAACAAGAGCACAAAGAGUACUUCAUGAGACAGGAGGGAGACACAAAAUGUUCUUACUACCAAGGAAUGAAGGAAGAGAAACUGAGUGACUGUCAUGCAUUAUUUCUAAAAACAGUCAUACUACAUUUUUCUAUAAAGCAGCAACUGCUCUUUAAAAUGAGAUCAAAUAAAAUACACUUGAAAUUGAACACUGAAGUCUUUGUUUGGUAUUUCCACCCCCAGGCUUUCUCAUCCAUUUUUCUCUUCCUUGUAACACUGAGCUAUUUUAGCCUUGCCUGGUAUCUUUCUACUGCUUUAUUAAACUGACUCCCUUUUCUACACAAGCUUUCCCAGUUGCAAUACAAAUGCUUUCAAGCAGUACUGGCUGUUAGCAGCAAAUUAACAUGAAGUUCCCUCUGCUACUCCCCUCCCUCAAGUACUGCACAACAUAGCUGCUACCUAAUAUCUGGUUUGAAUUACCAGUAUUUGGUGCACUCUGCUCAUCUGCAGGACUGCGUAAGUAUCUCCUCACAUUCAUUUUCCGAACUUAGGCAUUGCUCAUGCUUACUUUUGUUUCUGAAAGCAAUUACUUAUGGGAUAUUCUGUAAGCUUUUCUCAAAGUCUGUGUCUCUGUUUCAAAAAUAUCACUGAAUUAUUUAAAAUAUUCUUAGGGUUUUUUCAUCAUUUGACUGUUUCGGGUUGUUUUGUUUCUUUCCUUCAGUGCAUUGUAGUUUCCUUAUUUCAUUUUCUGAAACAGUUAAAAGCUAAUGAAACAUGACUUGAAGACAAGUUUCUCAUCUGCAUCUUUCUGGGUCAUUUGCAUGUAACGUGGAUAAAGAGGAAGAUACCAUCACCACAGUGCAUGUUUCCUGUAUAAGCAGCCCUUUUGUCAUUCUGACCUUCAUGUAAUAUUAAAGGUACGUGUUUCUUCAA